AUGCCUAUGUAUGAGAUUGAACAUAUUGCUCCUCUCCAAUCGGAGCAGAAAGAUGCCUUGGCAUUGGCCAUUACAGAAAUCCACAGCAACAAAUUCACAACACCCAGGUUAUUUGUCAACGUAAAAAUCACUGACGCAGCAAAGCAGGAGACAUACGUUGCAGGUAGACCACGCGCUUCCAACCGCAUCACCGCGCAUGUGCGCACCUCUGCCGCACGCACGCAGCAAGACUUUGACCAGCUUUGCAACGACGUUCACGUUGCGUGGUCCAGCAUCGUGCACCCAGCGCAUCCAACCAAGCCACCCCAGGAUCAGGAGCUGCGCGCCGUCUUCAUCCUUGGCGAUAUCACGGCUGCCUGGGAGGCUGGCUUCACGGUGCCGCCCGCCGGCCAGGAUGCGCAGUGGGCAAAGGAGAACAUGGCGGCUUUCCAAGACAAGGCGAAUAAUGGGGACGAAGACUUUGCCGAUCUGGUCGAGGAGCUCAAAACGAGGGACGAGUUCAAGUAA